AAAAUUCAUUAAAUAUAUAUAAAUAUAUAGUUGUGAGCACAAUACUUAAAGCAACUAUAUAUUGAUUCAGUGGCAAGUUAAAUUUUAUAUCCUGGCUCCGCCUGCCUAUAUUAUCUUAUAAGUGACAUGAUUAUGUAAAUAUUUUUAUCUCCAUCAAUGCAUAAAACUUAAUCCCAUGUGCAUUUAUGUAAAGAUUAAAGUUAUAUGUACACUGUCAAUGCAUAUAUAGAACUUAAAAACUAUAUAUACCUAUAUAUAUUGCUUGCUAGCACAUAAACCAAUUGAGUAGAAAGGUGAAACUUAUAAGUCCUCCUCCAUUAAUAUUAUCAGAAGGGAGGAAAAACACACACACACACACACAAAGAGAGAAACAAGUAGUGUAAAAAGAAAAGAAAUGGAAUGGAGGAAGUGUUAUUUGGAUGUAAUAUUAGUUCCAUUAGGGUUUAUGAUAUGUAUGGGAUAUCAUAUUUGGUUAUGGCAUAAGGUUAAGACACAACCUUUUCAAACUAUUAUUGGAACCAAUGCUAAUGGCAGACGUUUAUGGGUUUCUGCCAUUAUGAAGGACAAUGACAAGAAAAACAUAUUGGCAGUUCAAACAUUCAGAAACACAAUAAUGGGAUCAACUCUAAUGGCAACAACAUCAAUCCUUCUUUGCUCUGGCCUAGCUGCAGUAAUAAGCAGCACGUACAGUGUCAAAAAACCCUUAAACGACGCCGUUUAUGGCGGUCACGGAGAAUUUAUGGUGGCACUAAAAUAUGUGACACUUUUGCUAAUUUUCCUCUUCUCAUUCAUUUGUUAUUCCAUCUCAAUUAGGUUCAUAAACCAAGUGAAUUUCCUAAUCAAUUGUCCAGAAGAUAUUUUUGGAAUAGUGAGCAUUGAAUACAUCUCUGAAUUACUUGAAAAGAGUUUCAUUUUGAACACAGUGGGGAAUAGGUUGUUCUAUGCAGCAUUAACACUUGUACUUUGGAUAUUUGGACCUGUUUUGGUUUUCUUGUGUUCUAUUAGUUUGGUCACUGUGCUUUACAAUCUUGAUAUUGUGAUUUCUCAAGAUGAAAAGGGCAAAAUGGUACAUCAUCAUCAUGAAAAUGGUAUUAAUGGUGCUUCUGAUUUUGUUGUAUCUGUCUAAUUGAAAUGGGAUACUUGAUUAUGGACUAUUAUCAAUAAGAAUGUUGUUUAUUAAAUUUUUAUGUA